AUGGCUAAAGGUAGUAGCAUAAAGAACAAGACUCGGCAAAGAGCUGAAGUUGUGUCAAAGAAUAAGAGAAGCCAUAAGGAAGUUGAAGAAUCAGCUGACGAAGAUGAACAAAAUGAACAAUUGGUGGAAGAAUUAGAUGAAGAAUUUGAAGAUGUUGCUGAAUUAUUAGGUGAUGACAUUCAAGAUCCCGAAGCUAGAAGAAACGAGAAAAGGGCUAAAAGGGAACAAGAAGAAGUUGAAAGGUUGAGUGCUUUGACGAAGCCCCAAGUGAAAGAAAUUGCAGAAUCCAACAAAACCACAAGUGAAGUGUCAACUAACUUUGAGGAUAUCGGCUUAUCUGAACCUACGUUAAAAGCCAUAAAGAGGAUGGGUUUCACUAAUAUGACAGAAGUUCAAGCUAGGACUAUUCCACCAUUGUUGGCUGGAAGGGAUGUCUUGGGUGCUGCAAAGACUGGUUCAGGUAAAACUUUGGCAUUUUUGAUUCCUGCAAUUGAAAUGUUAUACUCAUUGAAGUUCAAGCCACGGAAUGGUACUGGUGUGAUUGUUGUUUCACCUACUCGUGAAUUAGCAUUGCAAAUCUUUGGUGUUGCUAGAGAAUUAAUGGAAUUCCACACCCAAACUUUUGGAAUUGUUAUUGGUGGAGCUAAUAGAAGACAAGAGGCUGAAAAAUUGGCGAAAGGUGUUAAUAUUUUGAUUGCCACCCCAGGAAGACUUUUAGAUCAUUUGCAAAACACUAAAGGAUUUGUAUUCAAGAAUUUGAAAGCUCUUGUUAUUGAUGAAGCUGACAGAAUAUUGGAAAUUGGGUUCGAAGAUGAAAUGAGACAAAUCAUUAAGAUCUUACCAAAUGAAGAUAGACAAUCAAUGCUAUUUUCUGCUACUCAAACUACCAAGGUUGAGGAUUUAGCAAGAAUCUCUUUAAGACCAGGCCCAUUAUAUAUCAAUGUUGUUCCCGAAACGGCUGCUUCCACAGCUGAUGGGUUAGAACAAGGGUAUGUUGUUUGUGAAAGUGAUAAGAGAUUUCUUCUUUUAUUUUCUUUCUUGAAGAGGAAUGCUAAGAAGAAGAUCAUUGUGUUCCUUUCAUCAUGUAACUGUGUCAAGUAUUUUGGAGAAUUAUUAAACUAUAUUGAUUUACCAGUUUUGGAUCUUCAUGGUAAGCAGAAACAACAGAAACGGACAAACACAUUCUUUGAGUUUUGUAAUGCUAAACAAGGGAUUUUGAUUUGUACGGAUGUGGCUGCUCGUGGGUUGGAUAUUCCAGCCGUUGAUUGGAUUAUUCAAUUUGAUCCUCCAGAUGAUCCAAGAGAUUAUAUUCAUCGUGUUGGUCGUACUGCCAGAGGUACUCAAGGUAAGGGUAAGUCAUUGAUGUUUCUCACACCUCAAGAAUUAGGGUUCCUUCGUUACUUAAAGGCCGCAAAUGUUCCAUUAAAUGAAUAUGAAUUCCCUACCAAUAAGAUUGCUAAUGUUCAAAGUCAAUUGACAAAGUUAAUAAAGAGUAACUAUUGGUUACAUCAAAGUGCUAAAGAUGGUUAUAGAUCUUAUUUACAGGCCUAUGCAUCUCACCAUUUAAAGACUGUUUAUCAAAUAGAUAAAUUGGAUUUGGUUAAAGUUGCAAAGUCCUUUGGUUUUGAUGUUCCUCCAAAGGUUAACAUUACCAUUGGAGCCAGCGGCAAGUCUUUAGAGAAGAAGCAUAAGAAACAGAAAAGGGCAUAA